GGCGCAUUUUUGACAUUUUUGGUACAUGUUGUGAAUUAUUCACGUGUGUCCGUAGUUUCAUCUGUUUCCAUUUUGUAGGAUGAAGCCGAUAAUUGAUUCUGAAUCGGUAAAGUUGAACAAAAAAAGCAGCCCUCAGAAUAUCAAGCAAAAACUUUUCAGACAAGAUGGUACGAACAAAAGUGACAUAAAAGUAUAUAUGCGUAUGCAUUCAAAGAAGAAACGGCAAAAGUACAUUAAAUCUACAGUCGAGGAUAAAACGACUGAAUCUUAACAAAAUACUCUUUUGACAUCUGAUCUCAAGGUGGACAGUCAGUCAGAGGAAUCUGAUCGCUUAAGAUCAAAGAAGAAAACUCGGAGGGAGAAAAAUAAAAAUGUAACAGAGCGUUUGCCCGAACAUCCUGAUUCUAUUAUGAGCAGUAAAGACCAUUGUAGCGUAAGCAGUCAGAAUUGUCUAUCUCUACUCAUCACCAACCUACCCAAACAUAUAAAUUAUUCAAUGCUCAAAGAUGCCAUACCAUCGGCUGCACGCUUGCAUUUGUUCAGGAAAUCUGGAAAGCGUUUAGCGUUUGCCAAUUUCUAUACCAUGGAUGACUAUUCAAAUGCCAUUAAUCGUUUGGAGGGACUUGAGUUUGACGGGGUCAAGCCAUUAUUUAGGCAAGUUACACGCCAUGAAAAAACUGAAAAGAAGAAACCUGAGAGUGGUGAAUUAAGGCUGACUAUUCAUAAUUUACCAUACUCUAUUACUAUAACUGAGUUAGAAGAUGAAUUUCUUACAGCCAAAUCAAUCAUAAUAAAUACGAAGAAAACUGGAGUUAAUAAAGGAUCCUGUUUACUUGAGUUUGAAUGUCAUGAUGAUCUUCAAGUUGUUCUGGAUGCUUGUCAGAAUAAAGUGAUCGGUGGUCGCCGUGUAUCUGCCUUGCCCGGUCUUCAUUUUGAAAUUAAAUCCGAAAACACUAAAGCAAAUACUAAAGAAGCCACUACAUUUGGCAUAAAAAUAUGCAAAAUGUCUACAUCAGUAGAAGAUGAUCGACUUCGACAGCAGUUUCCAUUGGGAUCCAUAAUUGAAUAUCGUUCAGUGCUUACUAGUAAUCCAUCAUGCAGAAAUGUAUUUCUCACUCUCAGGAACAAUAUAUCUAAUCAAUUAAUUGUUAAAAAACUUCGUAGAAAAGGUAUCGACCAACAUCGCCUGCACAUACAAUCAUGGUACAAAAAGGACUUCAAAUCUCAAAAAAGUGAGCUAAAGCCACCAACUGACGGUAACAAAAACAAAAUUGAUGAACCGAAAUUAAAGGCGAGUUGUUCAGCUGAAAAUGGUGAAAUGACAUUUUCAGAAUCAGAUAAAAAGAAUAAAUCAAAAAAACAGAAACUUGAAAAAAUGGAUGUCUCUUUGGAGAAUACUAAACUUGUGGCUUCAGACUCAGCCAAUAAAAAGCACAAAUUGAAAAAACGGAAAUAUGAGUGCGUAGACGUAAAUAUGAUCGAUUCGCAUUCGUCGAACACUCCACAGUCUCAUAAGAAAAAGGAGUUCAAAACCAAAGAAAGAAGUCACAUCGGUGACAAUCCAAAACACAUAGUAUUCGAUCAAGGUAACAAAAACAAAAUUGAUGAACCGAAAUUAAAGGCGAGUUGUUCAGCUGAAAAUGGUGAAAUGACAUUUUCAGAAUCAGAUAAAAAGAAUAAAUCAAAAAAACAGAAACUUGAAAAAAUGGAUGUCUCUUUGGAGAAUACUAAACUUGUGGCUUCAGACUCAGCCAAUAAAAAGCACAAAUUGAAAAAACGGAAAUAUGAGUGCGUAGACGUAAAUAUGAUCGAUUCGCAUUCGUCGAACACUCCACAGUCUCAUAAGAAAAAGGAGUUCAAAACCAAAGAAAGAAGUCACAUCGGUGACAAUCCAAAACACAUAGUAUUCGAUCAAGUGAUUAUACUGACCAUAUGAAAAGCAAAAUUUAUUGAUACCGACUUCUCCAGACCAUAAAAACAUGAGUUACUUAGCCGCAUAGUUGCAAUUAUCGUUAAAACGAAUUGUUUCAAUGAUAAACAGCAUGAAACCUGACACAAUUUUCCGUCGGACCCAUUUGGUACACACAACAUCUGAACAGUGAAAGAGAGAAGAAGAACAAGUUAAGCUUGGAAGAAUCGUGUUGAUGAUAGGAAUUGAGUUUAUGAAAGAACGAAUGACAAUGCGGAUAGAAAAGCUAAAGAAUGUAUACAUCUACACUAAUUCAACCUAUUUCGAGCCACGAAUUAAUUGCAGUUUUUUGUUUCCUUCUGAGCAAUUUUAGGUAUGUUUGUGUGUAAAUUUAAAUUCUUGGGGAAAGUCUAUAUUGUUUCGCGAAUUCAAUUUUUGAAUCAAUGAAUCUUGCAUUCUUGACAACUGAUGUUCAAGAGAAAUUCAGUAUUCUUCAUACAUGCACACACCUACAAGGUAUUGAAGUUAACCUUAAAAAACAUCGACUUAGUUUCGAGAAACCUAGAAGCAUAUUUCAACAAGCGAUCCCCUAAGGACUAGUUGCUCCAAUGAUGAAAAUUUUCCGUUCUUAUGCCCCCCCCCUAAUGCUACUUUUACGGUCCAUGACGCACGAUAGUAAUCUUACAAAUCACCAAUGAUUUUAAUACUGGUAUUUACUUCGAUUUCAGCUAUAUCUAAGCAAUUAUUUGGUAGAUUGUGUUUAAAUAAUAAUUGUUUUCACGUUUUCUGAUCUUUCUAGAUGGCUAAUAUAUUUUUCAUUGCAAAGAAGAUAAAUAUGUCUAUAAUGUUUUUAAAAAUAUUCAUUCCUCGGAGUACCCGCUCAUUGGUAAAUUUGUUGAAAUGAUUUAAGUAUUAAAGUUAUCUUUUCACAGUGAAUAAAGAUUUUUUGAUUAAUUCGUGGUAAUGCUAUUGUAGUUUAUAAAUGUGCAAAGUCAGUUUACCAGUCGUCCAGGGCACUGGUAUUCAGUCAGACAGUGAAGCUGAUAUUUUUAUGUUGAUCGUUAAUAUCCGCUAAAUAAGAAACACCUCAGUCUUAAUCCACUGUUAUAUCGUAAUUUCAUUUAUUAUCGUGUACGUUCACAGCCUGAAUAGACUGGUCUCAACAAUCCUUGCGUCUUCUUGCAAAGCAACUCGGUUCUCCGUGUUGUUAGAUGCGUAAAGGUUUGAAUGUGGUUGCAGAGAAGAGUGCUAUGGCGUUACUUGAGGAGAUAGCUCUAUGUUAUUAAAGUACUGUUGGAGAAGUGUAUAUAUGGUACUAAUUAUUGACUAUUACUCAUAAUCUCUGUUAAAUCAAAUAGGUUAUGUCGUUUCCAAUGACUUUAUAAAAUUGACUGGGGCACCUACUUUAUGUGAGAAUUGUGGGGUUGGCUAUAAAUGUAUUAUUUUACUAAAAAAAAUAAAUUGCGACAAUCAGACGGAUGUAUCCAUUUUCAAUAAGUGACUCAUCUUUAAGCAUCUCUAUUUCAAGUGAUAAUAAUGUCGCAUAGAAAAUAAGUAAACGUCUUAACAUUGUAUUAACUAUAACCUAGCUUUCAAUAGCCAAAUCGACAUAUAUACUCUCUUUGCCACCGGUUGAAUAGCCGAACCUCAAAUAAAAUUAUUCCUUUCAACAAUUAUUAUCGGUUUGACACGUAAGUCUUUUAGGUUUGCAGCAGACGGUCACCAUUAUCUGUUCGCUGAGCAAGAAUACCAAAAUACCCACUGAAAUAUCCAUCUGUUGGAUAUAAUCUACCUAGCUGGACAUUAAAUUCACCUUCUAUGAACACUAUGUCUGAGUGUUUAGCUUUUUGAAGAAAUUCAGAAAGUUUUCUGUGAAAGUCAUCCUUCACUUCAUCCAGGUUGCAGUCAGAGAAAGCAUAGGAAGAAAUGACGAGAAGUUAACUAUGUGUGUCCCUAUCCUUCCGAUUUCUUAUGGAGCCGUUUAGCCGAACAGUACAUAGACGACUGUUAACGGGGAUCUACUGUAUUAGUGCUUGUUCUGCCCUCGUACUUAGUGUUAUGCGUACACCUGCCAGUUCACGAGAACUAGCCAUCGGGUCGCCAGAUACGCGGAGGGUGUAUCUCGUCGGAUCCUCGUUUUGCGAGGUGAGGUCAAGUAAAUGACCACACUAGGAUCCUGUGUUCGUGUUCCCUCGCGAAGAUUGUUAGGUGUUUUCCUGGACAUUUCUUCAGGAUAGACUGUAUUAUCUGAUAGAACAGGUCUUCAUAAUCUUUACUGACAUCAUUGAUGGGUGUGUAUCGGUGGGCAAUAUUCAUUACAAUGUUUUCUUUUUUUGCUUUGGAGUAUGUUUCGAUAAUUCUGUCGCCUUAGGUCUCCCAUCUUAUAGGCGGUUUUCGUGUUUUUCUGGACAGCAUCAGUGCAACUCGUGUAUAUGUUGCGCUUUCUUCCUUAUGACGAGAACACAACAGUUCUACUGAAAUGAAAUGAUUUCUGUCCAGAUUGUGUACAUGUAGUUUUACUUAUUUCACGCAGAUCUGGCUUGUGUAUUGUCAUUUCUGUGACUUUAGAUGAUCCGGUUUUUCGCGCAAUCUGGACAUCCCACACCAUUUAUUUGUGCUUCUCUGAUCGACGGAAGUGGCGUUGCACUUGUGUCUGGUUGUUCAGCAAAGAUGUACUACUAUAAUCUGAUUAUGACGAGUUUAUUGAUCAAGUAUCAAAUAAAUUCUCCACUUCAUUUAAAAAAUAUCCCCGUAUGAAAAGUACGAAUGGCAAAUCAGAUCUUCCUACUGAGUUUACUGUUUUUACUUUGAACCAAAGUUCUUUAUGGUCAUCACGUUAAUGUGAAACAAUACUUAAUUAUUUGAAGAUAUGCUGUACUAUCAAUUGUGUCUCACGAAAAUGUAAAAUUCAUUUUGUCGGGUGUUUGAGUUACGACCUUUAGGCUAGGUUAUUUUUUUAAGGAAUGCCUAACUGUAUGGUAACGCGUCUACAUAUACGAAGACGAAAAACAUGAAUAAGGAAACAGUAUGAGAUGCCUUUGGAAUCACAGUGUGGAAAAGUUUACAACUCUGAUAUUCAAUGGCAAGAUGUUAAAAGAACUCAGCGACCACUAGUUAAAUCACUGCGUUUAAACAGAUAUUUCGUUUAAAAAUCCCCAUAUUAAAAUACUAAUAUAUGAACGAUGAUUAUUCUUUCCAGUAAAUUCUCUUUGGGUUCUGCUGUAAUUUUUAUUUGUUUUACGAACAAUCUUAAAUUCACAUGCUAUGGUUUUAUAUGAUAUACUUCUCUUAAACGUAGUCACUCUUUGGAUUAUUAAUUUGAAUGUGGAACUGAAAGAAAAUUUAUUGGAAAAUAAUACUCCGUUCAUAUAUUAGUGCUUUACUUAUCCCUUUUUUCGUCUCACUUUAAACAGUUGGCCUUCACCACAUAAAGCUUAAGCUACGAUUUAGUUUAAGAAAUUAUGAAGUUGAAUAACCUCACUAGAAAAAGUGGUUUCAGAUUAUACGCUAAUUUCUUAUGAUGAUAUUUUUAUUUUUACGAAAUCUGGUGUGUAUAACUUGACCGAUUCAAGGACUAUUCUGCAAUGUUUUAAAGUAGCAUCAUAAGUUGUAUCCUGUUAGUGCUACAUUUAGAUUGUCUACAUGAUUCUCUCUGGUAUAAAAUUUUACCGUUUCAAAACCCCUUGAAAAAACUUCCCGUCUAUAGAGAUAAUAUGUGCAAACGUUCUCGUUGUGAUACAAUAGUAAACAGGACUUUGUUAACUUGAGUUACUUUUUUCAUCUUUUGUCGCAAAUUAUUUCGGAAAGAAAGCACAUCAAAUCACUAAUCGAUCUAUAGAUUACGUGUAUUCAAUAAUCAAUGACCACUUAUUUUAUACCACAAUUGCUUCAUACAUCAAUACGCGAACACUUGAAAGAGAGAGGGUAUUACCAAGUAGUUUUAUUUCUAUAUAGUUUUAUGUUUUGUUUUAAUUUAUAUUUAUUGAGGAAUUUGUAUUCCUAGCAAUUCUUACGCUUGUGUUGCAAUGCGAUUUUGAAGUGUUUAUAUAUAUUCCUGACAUUUAUUGUGUUUAUCAUUGUAAUUAAUUUAUCUCAAUCAUUGUUGCAAUUCUUCACAACUUCGUGUAUUUAGUCAUCCAUUGUUUAAACACAACGGUUCCCAUAUUGCUUGUUCUUGGUUCGUUCUUUUGCGUGUUCAUAAACUGUUACAAAGUAUUGACAGCUGGCUUUUGCACUAUCGUAUGUUGUAAUUUUUCUUUAUGUUACUAUCACAGGUAUCCUUUUUUAUGUCAGAUAAUAAUACGCCGCAGACACCUCUCACGUUGAGGCUUGUAACUAACUUUUGUAUUUUAUUCAAUAAAGAACCGGUUUUGUACA